AUGUCUGUACUAGAAUUUAAUAAUUCCAAUAACGUUCAUUAUUCGUGGUUACAACGUUUUGCUGGUAAUAUAAUUCGGUAUGGUUGUACAAGUCGAUUGCAACAUAUAGCUAUUGUUAUGGAUGGUAAUCGUCGUUUUGCACGUGAUCUUAAAUUGGAACGUGCUCGUGGACAUACAUUAGGUGCUGAUAAAUUAUUUGAUGUUUGUCAAUGGUGUCAUGAUUUAGGUAUAAAAGAAUUAAGUGUUUAUGCAUUUUCUCUUGAAAAUUUAAAACGUUCUCAAGAUGAAAUUGAUACAUUAAUGAAUAUCGCACGUUUAAAAUUAAAUGAAAUUGUAAAAUCAUUAGAUAAAAUACAUGAACAACAAAUAUGUAUACGUGUUAUUGGAAAUUUAGAUUUAUUACCAGAUGAUAUACAACAAUCAAGUUAUCGUUUAAUGAAAGAAACAGAUCAUUAUAA